AAGGCAGAUCCUAAACGACUGGACCACCAGGGAAGCCCAGCAUGCAGAUCUUACACAAGGACAUGACUCUGGUCACAUGUGUGUGCCCUCCCACCGCUCCACAUAAGCUGGUUUCUCUCUCUGCUCUUCUGACUAUGGUUAUUCCACCAGGUACUAUCUUCCGGACCAGCCCCCAAGCCUAGAUGUGGGCAGGGAAGGCUCUGGAAGGCGGAGUCUGUGGCAUUACUAGGUCCCUGGACUCUACCCCGGGGGCUUCCUCUUAGCCCCGGAUGUGGAAAGGGAGGCCCAGGAUGCCAAGGGUCUUAGCCAAGACAGGAAGCUGUACACCCGGCAGCCUUAAAGAGGGAGCAGAGGCAGGGGCGCGGAAUUAGUGUUCAAAAUUUGGCCUGCUGAGUCCACAGAGAGGCACCUGCAGGAUGAAGGCUCUCUCCUUCCUCUUCAUCCCAGUCCUGGGGCUGCUGGUGUGUGGCCAGUCGCUGUGCCCCAUAGAUAAAGCCAUCAGUGAGAAGAUCCAGGAGGUCACCACCUCCCUAGGCUUCGCCGUCACUGGCUGCACGUGUGGCUCUGCCUGUGGCUCGUGGGACGUGCGUGCUGAGACCACGUGCCACUGCCAGUGCGCAGGCAUGGACUGGACUGGAGCUCGCUGCUGCCGCCUGCGUAUCCAGUAGCCUAAGACUGCGCUUGCGCGGUGCAGGUCUGGGGGGGCGUGGCCAGGCAUUUGGGGGCGGGUCAUAUCUCUGAGGGGCCGGGCCAGGCCCCGGCUGGAAAUAAACCUCUUUGAGAUGA